CAUGCAAGGAAGGCCUACGACCUACAGAGUGAUGUUGUCUAUAAGUCAGACCUAGAAUGGCUCCGUGGAAUUGGCUGGUUGCCUAAUGACUCUCCGGAUGUUAAGAGAGUGAAGCAUGCCCAGGAUCUCCUGAGUGAUAAUGUGUAUCGUACACCUAUUGAAAGCCUGAAAUACACCAGUGUUGUUGAUUCUCCAGAUGUUCUUCUAGCUAAAGUGAAUGCCGAACAAGUCAGCAUUCCAAAGUACAAAGAAGCCUGGGAAAAGGACAAGACUAUGAUCCAUAUUAUGCCAGACACACCUGAAAUCAACCUAGCCAAGACUAAUGCUGCUAAUUAUAGCCAGAAACUGUAUAAAGAAGCUUGGGAUGAGAUGAAGAUGAGUUGUGAUUUGAGAGCGGAUGCAAUCCCAAUCAAGGCAGCCAAAGCUUCUAGAGAAAUUGCUAGUGAUUAUAAAUACAAACUGGAUCACGAGAAGCAGAAAGGACAUUAUGUUGGAGUUCCAAACGCAAAAGCAGAUACGAAAAUGAAGUUUGCCCUUGGCAUAGGCAAAGUUCAGAGUGAACUAGAAUACAAGAAACACUUUGCCAAAUGGAAGACACAGUGCCACCUACCAGUAGACAUGCUAUCUAUCCUAGCAGCUAAACAUGGUCAGUCUUUGGUCAGUGAUGUCGAUUACCGUCAUUACUUGCAUCAGUGGAUCUGUCUUCCAGAUCAGAAUGACAUCAUACAGGCUAGGAAAGCCUACGAUCUUCAGAGUGAUGCUAUUUACAAAUCUGAUUUAGAAUGGCUACGGGGAAUUGGAUGGUUGCCAAAUGAUUCAGUUGGAAUCAACCAUGUCAAACAUGCUGGAGAUCUCUUGAAUGAGAGAAAGUACCGUACAAAAGCCGAAACUCUUCCAUUUACUCCAGUGGCGGACAGAGUUGAUUAUAUCACAGCAAAGAAUAGUGGUGAAAUUCUUAGUGAUGUCAAAUACCACAAAGCAUGGAAUGAGGUCAAGUCAAAUUAUACUCUAACAGAUACACCACAGCUAGAUAUGGCCCGAGAGGCAGCCAGAAUUCUUAAUCAGAAUUUAUACAAGGAAAGUUGGGAGAAAGAAAAAGCCACUGGUUACCUCUUACCUCCUGACACUGUGCAGAUCUCUCAUGCCAAACGCUCAAAUGAUGUCCAAAGUGAGCUUAAAUACAAAGCUGACUACGUCAAACAAAGAGGUCACUACGUUGGAGUUGCCACUAUGAGAGACGAUCCAAAACUGGUGUGGUUUGAGCACGCAGGCGAGAUUCAGAAUGAGAGAUUGUACAAAUCAGACUAUCACAAAACAAAGUCCAAAAUUCACAUCCCUCCGGAUAUGGUGUCAGUUGUAGCAGCAAAGGAAUGUCAGAGCUUGGUCAGCGAUAUUGACUACCGCCACUACCUGCACCAAUGGACGUGCCAUCCUGACCAGAAUGACUGUAUUCAGGCAAGGAAGGCCUAUGAUCUGCAAAGUGAUAAUAUUUAUAAAUCUGAUUUGGAAUGGCUUCGUGGCUGUGGUUGGAUUCCUCUGGAUUCAGUGGAACAUAGGAAAGUUAAGAAUGCACAGGAACUGAUAAAUAAGAGAGCAUAUACGAAAGAAGCCCUUGAUAACUUUUCCAAUUAUACCAGUGUGGUUGACACUCCCGACAUUGUUUUGGCAAAGAUAAACUCUGUCAAUCAGAGUGAUCUAAAAUACAAAGAAACAUUUAACCUUGAGAAAGGCCAGUAUAUUGGGUCUGAUGAUACUCCUGCGCUGAACCAUGCCAAAGAUAUGUCCUUACUAUACAGUGAUAAACUUUAUAAAAAUGCUUGGGAAAUUAGCAAGCCCAUUGCGUAUACUUUGGAUGAGAAAUAUAUUCCACUUGUUGGAGCGAAGCGUGCAAACUACAUAAAUAGUGAGCUUAAAUAUAAGGAAAUAUAUGAGAAGCUGAAAGGCCAUUACCUGGCUGGGAAGGAGAUCGGUGAUUUCCCCAGUGUCGUUCAUUCACUAGCAUUCCAGAAAAUGAGGAGCGCGUUGGCGUACAGAAAGAGUUAUGAAGACACCAAAGCAAAUGUCCAUAUUCCAAGUGACAUGAUGAAUCACGUGCUUGCCAAGAAGUGCCAGUAUAUCCUCAGUGAUCUUGAAUACCGAACUUAUUUCCAUCAGUGGAAUUGUUCACCUGAAGAAAAUGAUGUUGUUCAAGCCAAAAAAGCCCAGGAAAUUUUGAGUGAUGUGGUGUAUAAAGAUGACCUAAAUUGGCUGAAGGGACUUGGAUGUUAUGUCUGGGAUACUCCACAAAUCCUGCAUGCUAAAAAAUCCUAUGACCUCCAGAGCCAGAUAAAAUAUACAGCUGCAGGAAAAGAGAAUUUGCAGAACUUUGGUGUUGUAACUGAUACACCUCUCUACGUGACUGCAGUGCAGAGUCGUAUAAAUGCUAGUGAUGUGAAAUACAAGCAAGAUUACCACAAAACUAAGGACAAGUAUACAACUGUGACUGAAACAGUGGAUUCUGAAAGAGUUCAAAAUUUGAAACAUCUCUUUAGCAAUAAUCUCUACAAGAAAGCCUGGGAAAAAGUGAAAGCUACUGGCUAUAUGAUGCCCUCUGAUGCUGUAUCCCUAGCACGUGCAAAAGAACUGAAGCAUAAUGCUAGUAUUGUGAAAUACCGAGAAGAAUAUGACAAGUUUAAAGCACUGUACACUCUACCCAGAGGUGUUGAGGAUGAUCCCAAUACAGCAAGGUGCCUUAGAGUUGGAAAGCUUAAUAUUGAUCGUCUGUACAAGGAAGUCUAUGAAAAGAAUAAAGCCAAAGUCCACAUUAUUCCAGACAUGGUAGACAUAAUUUCUGCUAAGGAUGCGCAGAAGAAAAUCAGUGAAAUUGAUUACCGCACUCAUCUCCACGAAUGGAUGUGUCUACCAGAUCUUCAAAUCAAUGCCCAUGUUCGAAAAGUAACUGAUCAACUCAGUGAUGUGGUAUACAAGGAUGAUCUUAACUGGCUGAAAGGCAUUGGCUGCUUUGUUUGGGACACUCCUGAAAUUCUCCAUGCCAAACAUGCCUACGAUCUUCGCAGUGAUAUUAAGUACAAAUCUAAGGCAGAAAAAAUGAAGAAUGACUACACUGUGGUCAUGGACACUCCUGUCUAUGUCCAGAAUGUCCUCAGUGGCUUGAAUUUAAGUGAAGCUGUCUAUCGUGGUGCAUAUAUGCACAAUGUUAAAGGCAAAGUGAUUCCUACUGAUAAAACAGUAGAUUUGGAGAGGGCAUAUCAUGCAAACAAAAUACAGAGUGAAAAUCUGUAUCGCUGGGCUGGUGUGAAAGCUCUGCCUACUGGAUACAGCCUUCCCACAGAUACCCCCAGCUUUCAGCAUGCUAAAAAUGUCCAGUACAUUGGCAGUGAUCUGAAAUAUAAAGAAGCCUAUGAACACAUGAAAGCUAAAGGCUAUACUCUGGGACCUAAAGAUGUUGGGUUUGAAAAUGUGAAGAAAGUGAAUCAAGUCAUUAAUGAGAGGUUGUAUCGGGCAACAUACCACAAGUACAAGGACAAGAUUCAUACCACUCCAGACACACCACAAAUCCGUCAAGUCAGAGCAACACAGGAAGCUGUCAGUGAUCUGAUCUACAAGUCGGAUUUCUUUAACAUGCAGGGACACUUGAUUUCCUUGCCAUACACUCCUCAGGUGUUGCACUGCCGCUACGUUGGGGAUAUCACAAGCGAUAAUAAAUACAAAGAGGAUCUGAAGUGGUUGAAGGGCUUGGGUUGCUUCCUGUAUGAUACUCCUGAUAUGGUCCGUGCUCGUCACCUGCGUAAGCUUUGGUCUAAUUAUAUAUACACUGAUACCGCAAAGAAGAUGUGGGCUAAAUACAAUGUAGUGUUGGAUACUCCUGGGUACAGAACAGUGCAGGAACUGAAAACCCAUUUGAGUGAACUGGUUUACAGAGCUGCAGGCAAGGAGCUGAAGACAAAAUACACUUCCAUCCUUGAUACACCUGACUUCCUGAGAGCCAAGCAAGGACAAAAAAUACAGAGCCAGUACUUGUACGUGGAACUUGCCACAAAAGAGAGACCCCAUCAUCAUGCUGGUGGUCAGACUCCAGCCUUUACACAUGCUAGGAAUGUAAAGGACAUGGUCAGUGAGAAAAAGUACAAAAUCCAGUAUGAGAAGAUGAAGGACAAAUACACGCCUGUCCCUGACACACCAGUCUUGAUCAGAGCCAAGAGAGCAUACCUGAAUGCCAGUGAUUUGCGCUACAAAGAAACCUUUGAGAAUACUAAGGGCAAAUACCACACAGUGAAAGAUGCUUUGAAUAUUGUCUAUCACCGAAAGGUCACCGAUGAUAUUAGCAGUGUGAAAUAUAAGGAAAAUUAUAUGAGCCAGUUAGGAAUCUGGAGAUCGAUCCCAGACCGUCCGGAGCAUUCCCAUCAUCGUGCAGUCACGGAUGCUGUUAGUGAUAUUAAGUACAAGGAAGACUUAUCAUGGCUCAGAGGCAUUGGCUGUUAUGCAUGGGAUACUCCAAGUUUUGCUCUGGCAGAAAAGAAUAAGGUGCUCUACAGUGGGUGUAAGUACAAGGAGAUAUUUGAGAAGACUAAGUCUCUUUUUAACUAUGUAGCUGACUCUCCAAUUAACAAGCAUUUUAAACAUGCAACUCAGUUGAUGGAUGCGAAAAAAUAUAAAUCCUUUGCCAAGAUGCUCCUGCAGCAUGGAUGUAAUGAAAUUCUGAGGCCAGAUAUGCUGACAGCACUCUACAACACAUACUUAUGGAGCCAGGUUGAAUACAAAAAGGACUAUGAAAAGAAGAAAGACAAGUAUACCACUGUUGUGGAUACUCCAGAACACUUAAGGACUACAAAAGUCAACAAACAGAUUAGUGAUAUUAUUUACAAAUUGGAAUAUAACAAGGCGAAGCCUAAAGGCUAUACUACAAUCCAUGAUACACCUAUGUUAUUGCAUGUGCGCAAGGUCAAGGACAGAAUAAGCGAUCUGAAAUACAAAGAAGUGUAUGAGAGGAAUAAAUCUCACUGCAAUGUCAUAGCAGAUUCAGUUCAUAUUAAGACUCCAAGGCAUGCUUACAAGCUAAACAGCAAUCUGGAUUAUAAGAAGAAAUAUGAAGCAGCCAAGGCUCAUUGGCACUGGAUUGCUGACAGGCCUGACUUUGUUCAAGCAGCCAAAUCGUCUCUGCAACAGAGUGAUUAUGAAUACAAACUGGACCGGGAAUUCCUAAAGGGAUGCAAACUCUCUGUCACAGAUGAUAAAAACACAGUAUUGGCCUUAAAUAAUGCCAUCUUGGCGAGUGAUAUAAAAUACAAAGAGAAGCACAACAAAGCUCGAGGAACGUACCAUGUUGUUCCAGAUACACCUCAGAUCCUCCUGGCUAAGACUGUCAGCUCUCUUGUAUCUGAG